AUGGCAAAGUCAAUAUUUCUAAGUGUCACUCUUUUGGUUAUCAUCGGGUGUGCAUCAAGAUGCCAAGCUACAACAUACACUGUUGGCGACACUUCUGGCUGGGACAUAAGCACCGACGUUGAUUCAUGGGCUCAAGACAAACAUUUUGUCGUUGGUGACGUUCUCACAUUUCAGUAUUCUUCAAGUCAUAGUGUGGCUGAGGUGAAUCGAGAUAGUUACAAGGGGUGUAACACGACAAAGGCAAUACAACCGGCCAGUAAUGGGAACACAACGUUUGCUUUGACAAAGCCCGGGCAUAGGUACUUCAUAUGUGGUAACAAGCUACAUUGCUAUGCUGGAAUGAAGCUUCAUGUGGUAGUCGAAGGCAAGGAGGCAGAGGCACCUGCAGCCGCAGCACCUAAGCCAGAGGCUGGCGGUGAUUCUGCUAGUAGUACUACUACGACUACCACUUCCACUGCCACUACUACGAGUGUCCCUUCUUCGAAAAAUAACAACCCAUCAUCAUAUGUUCCUAAUUCAGCCACAUUCUUUUCUCUAUCUUUUAUGUCCCAAGUUGUGGCUUUGACAUGCCUUCUAUUUUGGUUUGUCUAA